AUGAGAAAAUGCCCCUCUUAAAAUCUCAGAAUCUUAGCCGGGCGUGGUGGCGCACGCCUUUAAUCCCAGCACUUGGGAGGCAGAUGUAGGAGGAUCGCCGAGAGUUCAAGGCCACCCUGAGACUACACAGUGAAUUCCAGGUGUGGUCUCCCAGAAGAACACUCUUCUUCGCUUCCACCUUUAACCCUUCCACUUGAGAGUUGCUCCUGACACGUCCACAGUGCAAGUCCAAGAGACCAAGGCCCAGAAAAGGUCAAGAUGGGGUUUGUAUUUUCAAAAUCGAUGAAUGAAAACAUGAAAAUUCAACAGGAAUUCAUGCUUAUGAAUGCUCGGCUACAGCUGGAAAGACAGCUGGUGAUGCAGAAUGACAUGAGGGAAAGACAAAUGGCUAUGCAGAUCGCCUGGUCUCGGGAAGUCCUCAAAUAUUUUGGAACCUUUUUCAGCAUUACAACCGUCUUUUUAACAGCUGGAGCAAUGAAGCGAAAGAAGCCAGCUUUCCUCUUCCCCAUUGUUCCCUUAAGCUUUAUCUUGACGUACCAGUAUGACCUGGGCUACGGAACUCUCCUGCAAAGAAUGAAAGAAAUUGUGCCAUCCGACAUUGACCAAGAUGCAGAACCCUUAACCAUGAUGCUGGAAUUCAAUCCAAACUUGUUACAGGAGCUGAAGGCAAUGGGGUCUGAGAGGUCAUCAUCAUUACUAAACCUACAACACAACGGACCUGCGUUCAAGGAUUCAUCGUUAAGCUUUGAAAAGUUCAAGAACACUAUUCCUAACAAGCAAAAUGAAGCCGAAGACAACAGUCCUUCAGAACAAAAACACUUAGGAUUAGAGCCUCAUUCACGAAAAAAGAGACAGUCUGAUACAUCACUGAGUAGGCAAUGUUGUCAAGUCGGUUGUACCAGAAGAUCUAUUGCUAAAUUUUGUUGACAUGAUUCGUACGCAUCCUAAUGCACUGCUGAUG